AUGUCAUUCAUCAACUGCGCCAUACCCAACUGCAUCUACCAAGCACUGGUGGAAAGAGGUCGUUGUGGAUUAUGCUGCCGUCAAUAUUGCUUCUAUCAUUUAAACGAUCCGGUCCAUCAUUGUUGCAUCCUUCGCAAAACUAACAAAUGGCCUGGGAUAUCGUUAUUGAAGAUGAAGGAACCUGAGAUUUCCCAAUUACUCUCAUUGUUGGAUGAGAAAGUUAUCGUCUCUGAGAUCGAAACUUACAUACCAGAUCACAAAGUAACCAAAGUCCAUAUCAAGUCUACUGAAGAUACCAUAGUCGAACUACGAGGAGGAUUCGACCUACUGAUCAAAAUCGAUCUUGAGGAUGUAGGUGGACAAUCCCAAAGCUGGUUUAUGCGAAUUAGGAAAAGAUCAAGUGGCCGACCAUAUCCAGAUGAAGUACUGAGAAUGAAUUUGGAAAGUGAAGUAGCUACAUGUCAAGCAUUGUUUGAAGGUGGUGUGGAUGUACCUCAAACCUUUCCAAGACCCGGAGAUAGCAAACAACAUCCAAAGCUCAUAUACUGCUAUCAAAGCUUCAUCCCCGGUGACGCAUGGCCUCCUUUCGAUCCCGUUACAAAAUUCAACGAUCCCCCUAAUCCGCCAGUUGACUAUCUCACCCUAAAUCAUAUCAAAAGUGUCGCAAAAUGGUUUAUCCAACUUGAGAAAGUUCAAUUUGACAAAAUCGGCAGUCCAUCUUUCGAUACUAGCGGCAAGAUCAUGGUCGGUCCUUUAGUAGAGGGAGAACCGACAAAAGCCAUUCCGCCGUAUUUCGAUGGUCCAUUUACAAGCCUCAAAGAAAGAUACCUCAAUGUUAUCGAUUCCAAACUUCGGUUAUUGAGGAACAGGGAAUUGGUUGGACCUGAUUCAGAGAUAUACAGUUAUUUGGUCUUACUUGAAUUGAGGGAGAUUGUGGAGAAUGUUAAAGAGUUGGAGAAAAAAAAAGGACCGUUCUACGUUAGACAUGCGGAUGAUCAUUCGGAUCAUUGUAGAGCUACUGAAGAUGGAGAAGUAAUGGGAGUCAUCGAUUGGGAAUGGGCAUACACAACAAGUAAAGAAGAAGCAUUCAGUUCACCCGACACUCUACUUCCUCGUGUCUUGUCCAGAACAGACGAUGAUCAUAUCCUAACACACCGUGAAGAAGCUUUGAUACAAGCGUACGAGUCCCUCAAUCGACCGGAUUUAGCUGAAUGUGUAAGAGAGGGAAGGAAAUAUUCUAGAUUGAUGAGGUGUCUUCAUCAUGCUUGGGCAAGUAUACAUGAUAUCAGAGCCAUGAGAAAAGGUUUCAAAGUGGAUUUGGUAGCUGGAGAGGCUUAUCCGACUGAAGAGAGUAAAGAAGAUUGGGUGGAGAGGAUGAAGUUGAAGUAUGCGGAUGAUGAGGGGUUGAAGUGGGUUUUAGAUAAUCCUGUAUUUGAACCUGAACUUCCUGAAGAAUGUCUAGAAGUCAAGUAA